CUGGGGGGCGCGCGGUGCACGCCGGGACGGCAGCGCGCUGCCCGCGGCCGGGAGGAGGCGGAGGAGCCAAGAUGGACGCCGGGUUCUUCCGGCGGAACCAGUGCAGAGCAGGACAAUCGCUUCAGCAACAAGCAGAAGAAGCUGUUGAAGCAGCUGAAAUUUGCAGAAUGCUUAGAAAAGAAGGUGGACAUGAGCAAAGUAAAUCUGGAAGUAAUCAAACCAUGGAUAACAAAACGAGUAACGGAAAUCCUUGGGUUUGAAGAUGAUGUAGUAAUUGAAUUUAUAUUCAACCAGUUGGAAGUGAAGAACCCAGAUUCCAAAAUGAUGCAAAUCAAUCUGACUGGUUUUUUGAAUGGGAAAAAUGCUAGGGAGUUCAUGGGAGAACUGUGGCCACUGCUAUUAAGUGCACAAGAAAACAUUGCUGGUAUUCCAACUGCAUUUCUGGAACUGAAGAAAGAAGAAAUAAAACAGCGACAGAUAGAGCAGGAGAAACUGGCUUCCAUGAAGAAACAAGAUGAAGACAAGGAGAAGAGAGAUAAGGAAGACAAAGACAACAGAGAAAAAAGAGACAGAUCCAGGAGUCCAAGAAGGCGCAAGUCCAGGUCUCCCUCCCCUCGGCGAAGGUCGUCGCCGGUGCGCAGGGAGCGGAAGCGGAGCCAUUCCCGCUCCCCCCACCACCGCACCAAGAGCCGCAGUGCCACUCCUGCCCAGGAGAAGAAAGAGGCCACUCCUGAGCCAGAACCCUCCGUGAAACCAAAGGAGACCAUCGUGCAAGAGGCAACUUCAAACAGUGAUAUCCCAAAAGCUCCUAAACCUGAACCUCCUGUACCAGAGACUAAGGAAACUUCACCAGAACGUAAUUCAAAGAAGGAGAGAGAGAAGGAGAAAGAGAAGACCCGUCAAAGAUCCCCAACUCGGUCCAAGUCAAGGUCAAGAUCUCGAUCCCGUUCUCCGUCUCAUUCUCGACCCAGAAGACGUCAUAGAUCACGGUCAAGGUCUUACUCCCCUAGAAGGCGACCGAGCCCCCGCCGACGGCCGUCCCCGCGGAGGAGGAGCCCACCCAGGCGAAUGCCUCCCCCACCCAGGCACAGAAGAAGCAGGUCCCCCGUGAGGAGGAGAAGACGCUCAUCGGCCUCCUUAUCCGGCAGCAGCUCUUCCUCCUCCUCCUCGCGCUCCCGCUCUCCGCCAAAGAAGCCUCCCAAAAGAACCGUGUCCAGCCCUCCUCGGAAAACCCGCCGGCUCUCCCCUUCCACCAGCCCUCCCCGGCGGAGGCACCGGCCCUCGCCGCCCAGCCCCCCGCCCAAGCCCCGCCGGUCCCGACGCCGCAGCAGUCCAAACCGCGCCAGAAAGAGCCGCGGCUCCGUCUCGCCGAGCAGAGCUUCAGCACCCAAACAUAAGAGUACUGAAAAAAGAGAGUCUCCCUCGCCAGCACCAAAGCCAAGGAAGGCAGAGCUGUCGGAAUCAGAAGAAGACAAAGGAGGUAAAAUGGCUGCAGCAGAUUCUGUCCAACAGAGGCGCCAGUACAGGAGGCAAAAUCAACAGUCGUCAUCUGAUUCUGGUUCUUCAUCUUCCUCUGAAGAGGAAAGACCCAAGAGGUCCAACGUGAAGAACGGGGAGGUCGGCAGACGCCGGCGCCACUCGCACUCCCGCAGCCCCUCGCCGUCUCCACGGAAACGACAGAAGGAGUCCUCCCCUCGGAUGCAGAUGGAAAAGAGGUGGCAAUCGCCAGUGAUGAAAAGCAGGAGGAGGAGGAGUCCCUCUCCGCCCCCGGCGCGGCGGCGACGCUCGCCCUCCCCGGCCCCCCCUCCCCGGCGCCGGCGCUCCCCGUCCCUGCCCCGGCGAAGGUCUCCAUCCCCGCCCCCUCGCAGGCGCUCUCCCUCUCCCCGGAGAUACUCCCCCCCUAUCCAGAGGCGAUAUUCUCCAUCACCACCUCCCAAGAGAAGAACAGCUUCCCCUCCUCCCCCUCCCAAACGAAGGGCCUCCCCUUCCCCGCAGUCCAAGCGCAGAGUCUCCCACUCGCCGCCGCCCAAACAGAGGAGCUCCCCGACGGCCAAGCGGCGUUCCCCUUCCGUGUCCUCCAAGCACAGGAAGGGAUCUCCUCCCAGCAGGUCCAACCGGGAAACACGGUCCCCACCUCAAAACAAAAGGCAUUCACCCUCGCCACGGCCUCGAGCUUCCCACCCCUCUGCCAGCCCGCCGCCGCCGCGGAGGGGAGCGUCGGCGUCGCCCCAGAGGAGACAGUCCCCAUCUCCCAGCUCCAGACCCAUCCGCAGGGUGUCCAGAACGCCUGAACCCAAGAAGACAAAGGCUUCCACCCCCAGCCCCCGGCGCGUGUCCUCGUCUCGCUCGGCCUCGGGGUCCCCCGAGCCAGCACCCAAAAAGCACCAAGGACCUGCAUCUCCUGCUCGCUCUCGUUCUCCCUCUGCCAACUGGUCACCUGCAAAAAAGGCCAAAAGCCCAACUCAGAGCCCCUCACCUGCCAGGAAUUCAGAUCAAGAAGGGGGCGGCAAGAAGAAGAAGAAAAAGAAGGAUAAGAAGCAUAAAAAGGAUAAAAAGCACAAGAAGCACAAAAAACACAAGAAGGAGAAGGCGGCCGCGGCCGCAGCAGCUGCUGCUGUGGCUGCAGCAGACACCACCUCCACACAGGAAGACCAGGAAGCAGAGACAGAACCCAAAAAGGAGACAGAAAGUGAACCUGAAGACAACCUGGAUGACCUAGAGAAGCACCUGCGAGAGAAGGCCCUGAGGUCCAUGAGGAAGGCGCAAGUAUCCCCACCAUCCUAGGCCCGGCCCUUUGAUAUAAUGUACAUUUUAUUUGGUUUGUACUCAGAAUUCAAUUUCAAAUUGCUAAAUGUGUUUGAGCUUUAGAAUAUAACAUUUGUUGUAAUAAUUGCUAGGUUGAGGUUCACCAUGUACAAAAGGGCAUGGAUUUACAUUACAAAAGGUGUCCACAGUGUACUAGUGACAUUCUUUCAUUGACAGCAUAAUUUCAUUUAGAGUGAGACUUCUUAGAAGCAGUAGGAAUUUUGUUUUGAAGGUUUGAAACAUGACCGUCAAUUCCCUUGUUUCUUUGAACUCCAACAAAGCCUUGAGCAUAAUUUGUGAGGGUCUCAUUUGACUUCUUUUGUAUCCACUUACAUGAUGCUACUAACCUUUGUGGUUUGUAAGCUUGCCCAGGAGUAAAACCACUGCAGAAUUCCAAGGAAGUACAUCUAUAUUUUAAUGCUUUCUACUGUUGCCUGUAUAGUCUCCAUUAAAGCCAAUCAAGAAUAGCAAUUUAGAAUGGUACAUAAAUGAAAGCAUGUUGUUUACCAGGACACUGUGGGUUUAUAUUGAUGUUAACAUGUUGAUUUGGAACACUGGAAUUUCAUUUGUAUUUUUAUGUUCUUUUUUUAAAGGGCAGUUUCCAUGAUCAGCAGUCCCAGAAAAACAAACAAAAAAAAAUAAUUCCUUCAGUUCCAUAAAUUUUAUUUGUGAGCUGUCGUUGCCCCAAUUCAUAAAUCUUGUCUCGUUACGGUUCUUCGGAAUGGUCAGAGCAACUUUCAGAGAUGUGGUCUUUGAAAGUUUGAGGAACCUGAACUUUGGAUAUUGUCAUGUUUUCACUGUUCUUUGUUUUUGUUUUUUUAACUAAAGCUAUAUAAAGCUUGUGGAUUAAACAAAAUAAAUUUCUAAAUUUAAACAGA